AGUUGAGAUUUCUACUGUUGUCUUCGACCUGAAGACUGUUGUCUUUGGUUGGACAUGGAUAACCGAUGCCGAGGAGUCGUGGUUAGGUUCACCACAUCACUGUUUGUUAAUCGUUCUUGUUAGUGCUCUUGUAUUGUCGGCAAGCGGGCAACUGUGGACUUGCCUUGACUUGCCAGGUAUUCUAAAGAUGUGGGCGAUCUUACGUUUGGUACCAAAAAGGUGGUUUCCUGCUGAGAUUUUCCUUAGCCUGCACGUGCUGGCAUCCCUGUCUAGUACCGUGAUGCACCUAGAUUGAACCAUUGAACUUCCAGACUCCAGUUCUGAUGCAUUUUGUGCUAAUCGGUGCCGUUUGAUUCUUCAAGUUGUUGUUUUAUCUUGUUGUUGAUGCUUCGCGUUUUGUGUGCUGUCUUCAGUUACCCGUGUUUGAAUUAAUUGCCUUCACGAAUUAGAUGGUUGCAACUAUACCUUUCUGGUAUUUACUUUUUGGCUCGUGUCAAUACAUGCCAAUUAGCUUGGUAUGAUUUGCUUCCUCGGUAUCAAACCAUGUUCCACAUCUCUUACUUUAUUCUUUUUGAAAUUAACCCACCCCUUGGUGGUGGUGGUGGUGUGAUGUCUUCGUAAUAUGAAUGAUGGGUUUGAUGGAAUCACUAAGCUAAAAAUUUACGUUGUUCAUUUUACAAAGAUUUCCAGGAAGAAAUUUCUGCUUCAUCAUUGUUGUAGCUUUGUUCUAAAACUUGUUAUACUCAGUAUACUGUUAAAUAGAAUAUGAUACUACUGGUUUUGUUCAUAUGUAAGUGAUUGAUUAUGAUGUUUAUGAUGCAUGGGCACCAAUCACGAGGACAUUCAUGCUGCAUAUGCACUAAUCGUGCUUCUUGAAUCUUGAUCCCAAGAGCAGGAGGGACAUUCUUUUGGAAUAUGUCAAAAAUGUUCAGCCAGAAUUUAUGGAGCUAUUUGUGAAAAGAGCACCAAAACAGGUUGUCGAUGCUAUGAGACAAACUGUGGCAAAUAUGAUUGGAACACUUCCACCUCAGUUCUUUUCAGUAACUGUUACCACGGUUGCUGAGAAUCUGGCACAACUAAUGUACAGUGUUAUGAUGACUGGUUACAUGUUUAGGAAUGCACAAUAUCGUCUUGAGUUGCAGCAAAGUCUAGAGCAGAUAGCACUUCCUGAACCAAAAGAUAACAUGGAUGUUUCAGAUUAUGCUCCUGGUACACAGAAAAAAGUUACUGGGGAAGUUAUUAAGUGGAACAAGAUUACCGGUCCUGAAAAGAUGGAUGCCGUCAAGUAUAUAGAAUUUCUUGAAUCAGAAAUUGAGGAGCUGAAACGUCAAGUCACAAGGAGGUCAGCAAAUGGACACAAUGGACUUUUGGAUUAUCUAAAAUCCCUUGAACCUCAAAAUUUAAAGGACCUGACAAAUAGCGCUGGGGAAGAUGUUGUUUUUGCUAUGAAUGCCUUUGUAAAGCGUUUGCUUGCAGUUUCAGAUCCUGCACAAAUGAAGAUUGCCGUAACACAAACAACUGCUCCGGAACUUGCCAAUCUACUUUAUUGGCUGAUGGUCGUUGGUUAUAGCAUUCGCAAUAUUGAAGUUCGCUUUGACAUGGAAAGAGUCCUUGAUAAUCCUCCAAAGCUUGCAGAGCUACCACCCGGGGAAGAUAUCUGAAAAUUUGGGAGAGAAAAGUCUGCCCGUGGACAUUGUGUUAUCCAUUGAAUUUUGUGUGCACACCUGGAAGGAAAGAAGCUUAUAUUGUUUUGGCAUGUAGAAGACAGCAAUUGAGAAAAAGCUGUAUUUGUUUCUGUAGGGUAUUAAUGGAGGGGAUACAAUAGUAUCAAUGAUUUUCCAAAAUUACUUGAAUUGCAGAAAGUUGUUUGAUGGUGUCCUCUGCGACUUGAGAUCCACUAAGAAUUCUUUGUCGAGUUGCAGAGGAUUUGCAGAUGCAAAAUAUUUACUUUGAAGACGAGUGCGAGUACAACAUCCCUCUUUUUAA